AUGUCAUCGCCAGUUCGAGAAGGUGCCAAGCAAAUGGUGCGGCUGUUGGAGAGGAUGCCCGAUGAACGGAUCAAGCACCUUGUGUCCUUUAAGCAGACGCAGAUGGACAGGUUCAAACGAGUAGCAGGACUGCCGACGUCUAGUGGGGAAUCCGAUACGGGGACAGCGUCUGUGAAGAAGCCAACAGUGAAUGAGAUAAAGGAUAUACUAAACAGAACGAACGGCCCACUAGGGAUGAAGAAAGAUAUGCUGGAGAAAUUGCAAGCUGCAAUCCCGAGAGACCAGUUCACCGAUGAAAGCUUACGGGGGCAAGUACAGUCUAUGGAAAAUCUGCUUUCCAACAAGUACAAGAACUAUUACGAUGUUGGGGAUAAGCUGUACCAUCCAGCAGGUAACCCUGGCUACUACCAACGGAUCAUGAAUGAACUUUCGGGUCAAAAGAGGGAGAGUUUCUUCACCGCCAUGAGAACCGUGUUCUUCGGGAAGUAG